AUGAACGUUUUGCUUCCAACUCAAGCGUCGUUCUUUUCAUCACCUCACCGUAACCCCAUUCAUACUCCAGCCUCUCCGCACACAAACCUCAAAAUGGGCAGUCGAAAACGAAAAGCCGAUGACGAUGGACUCGAUGAUAAAAUGUCUAUUUCUCCUACAAAUAGCCCCGCCCUGGCCACACGACAAAUCCCCCGACCCUCCAAGAAAGUUCGAGCUAACGAGAUCACCGGCCGACCUCUCAACCUCCCUCGUCUUCUCGAAACCCUAGAUGCUCAGUCAUUGAGAGCGGUUCUCCAAACUAUCUGCGAAAGACACCCAGAGAUCGGCUCGGAGAUUGUCACUUCAGCACCAAGACCAUCUGUAGAAUCCACCCUUGGCGUCCUUCACAAAUACCAAAACGAAUUACGGGAAGCUUUUCCUUACGGUGGCAGUCCUGGAUCGGAUUAUGCCUACGAUCGAGUUAAGCAACAACUCACAAAUCUUAUUGAUGCUUUGGUCGAUUUCACACCGCAUUACCUCCCACCGAACGAACAACAAACCGCUACUUCUCUCAGUUUCCUCGAUAGUGCCACCAAAAUUGUUCACGAUCUUCCAAACUGGGACAGUCAGUCUCAUAAACAUCACAAGGACAAUGCGUACGAUGAAAUUUCAAGGGCUUGGGCUUUGGUGAUUAGUGAAGCCUCCAAGCGUGGGGGAGGAUUCCAGCUUCAUUCUGGUGGAUGGGACCAAAGACUUGCUAGGCAUAAUGAUCAGAGUGGAGGAAAGAUGCAGAUGGCAGUCGACGCACUCGGUACAAACCUUGGUUGGAUGGGAGGUAGCUCUGGAGAUCCAGAUUCUAUCCGCAAUCAACUCCUUUCAGGUCGCUAUGGUGCUAAUCAGAGUGUGCCAGUAGGAGCUCGCUGGUAG